CUCAGGAGAAGAUGGAGAGAUCAUGGAGCGCUUCUCAGGAGAAGAUGGAGGGAUCAUGGAGCGCUUCUCAGGAGAAGAUGGAGAGAUUAUAGAGCGCUCCUCAGGAGAAGAUGGAGGGAUCAUGGAGCGCUCCUCAGGAGAAGAUGGAGGGAUCAUGGAGCGCUCCUCAGUAGAAGACCUUCUUACCCCUAAUGUCCAUCCAGAUCUAUCCUAUAAUAAUCCCCCUGAUCAUGGGGAACCUUCCCACCAACCACACAUUGUUACCACAAGGACAGGUCAGAGAGGGGGGAAAAGGUUUCAAUGUGAUGAAUGUGGAAAACAAUUUACAAGAAGACAAGGUCUUUUUGGACACCGAAGAAUUCAUUUAGGGGAGAAGCCAUUUUCAUGCUUAGAAUGUGGGAAAUGUUUUACACGAAAAUCCAGGCUUGCUCUACAUGAGAAAAUUCACACAGGAGAGAAGCCACAUUUAUAUUCUGAAAGUGUAAUUAAGUCAGAUCUUGUUAUACCAGAGAGAAGUCACACUGGAGAGCAGCCAUAUUCAUGUUCACAAUGUGGGAAAUGUUUUACACAACAAUCCAGUCUUGUUAUUCACGAGAGAAUUCACACAGGGGAAAAACCAUAUUCAUGUUCAGAAUGUGGGAAAUGCUUUACACAACAAUCCAGUCUUGUUAAACACAAGAGAAUUCACACAGGCGAGAAGCCAUAUUCAUGUUCACAAUGUGGAAAAUGUUUUACACAACAAUCAAGUCUUGUUAAACAUGAGAGACUUCACACAGGUGAGAAGCCAUAUUCGUGUUCAGAAUGUGGGAAAUGUUUUACUGAUCCAUCUUAUUUUGCUAGACAUAAGAGAAUUCACACAGGAGAGAUGCUAUAUUCAUGUUCACAGUGUGGAAAAUGUUUCACACAGCAAUCCAACCUUGUUAGACAUGAGAGAAGUCACACAGGAGAGAAGCCAUAUUCAUGUUGUCAAUGUGAGAAAUGUUUUACUUGUAAAUCACUUCUUGUAAUACACGAAAGAAGUCACACAGGAGAUAAGCCGUAUGCAUGUUCAGAAUGUGCAAAAUGUUUUAUUACUAAAGACAAAUUAAGGCACCAUCAGAGAAUUCACACAGGAGAGAAGCCCUAUUCAUGUUCAGAAUGUGGCAAAUGUUUUACAAAGAAAUCACAGCUUGCUAGACAUCAGAAAAGUCACACAGGGGAGAAGCCACAUUCAUGUUCAGAAUGUGGCAAAUGUUUUACACAAAAAUCCCAUCUUGUUAAACAUCAGCUAAUUCACGCAGGGGAGAAGCCGUAUUCAUGUUCAGAAUGUAGCAAAUUCUUUACAAAUACAUCAGAGCUUAUUAUACACCAGAGAUGCCACACAGUAGAGAAGCCAUAUUCAUGUUCAGAAUGUGGGAAAUGUUUUGUAAAUAACUCUGAACUUCUUAGACAUGGGAGAAUUCACACAGGAGAGAAAUUAUUUUCAUGUUCACAUUGUGGGAAAUGUUUCCCAUUUAAAUCCUAUCUUGUUAGACAUGAGAGAAUUCACACAGGAGAGAAGCCACACUCCUGUUCAGAAUGUGGGAAAUGCUUUAUGUAUAAAUCAGAUCUUGUUAAACAUGAGAGAACUCACACUGUGGAAUCCAUAUUUACAGUGACCAUAGUGUAAAACUAAAAAACAAGCAUAAAUAAUUUCCCUGCCUCAUUACCGCUCCUCUGUCUUCACAAUUCCACAUGCGCCUCUUUAACCUAAAAAUCAAAACAGUGCAUGGGCCACCUCAGAGCCCCACCCACUGCACGUACACCACUAAAGGUAUUCAGUGUUGGGAUUUAGAGCGUUACGUGGACCCAUCACACAAUAGUGCAAUAAUACCAAUAUGGAUCAGAUGACAAUACAAAAAUAAUUAAGGAUCUGCUGUCACAUGUCAUUGAUUAGAACAGUUUUGGAUGACCCGGGGGCCUUCAACCAUUUCAAAACUACAACUGGACAGUUAAAGGCUGCAGUGUGAAGAACACUCACUAAAGAAUGAAAUUAGAGGGAAGCUUUGAUUUACCUUUCAGGGACAGUGUGGAUCCUCUGGAGGAGGCAGAAAGGAUUUUGUUUCUGCAAAUCAGUGCGGAUACACCCGUACACAAUUUAUAGCAUAUGUAAGCUUAAAUAAAUUAAAAUUCUUUAAAU